CGAGGUGAAGUACAGGUUCAUGAGUUUAAGAUGCUCAGUGCAAAGAGACACAUUCAAGGAAAGAAAACUUUCAAUGAAGAAACAAGGCUGUGAGAUAGAAGCAGUGGGCAUCAACUACAAGAUCUACACCCACCAAAGAAGAAGAUUUAGAUACCCAUUUAAGGUUCUCAGCAUCAGCAGCAGCAAAGAACAAGAAGAACAGCUCGAACAAGAAACCACAGGAGCCGAACCAGAGUUCCGGCACGUUCUCAAGAACGUUACUUGCAGAGCCAAACCAUGGGAGAUACUCGCAAUUGUCGGUCCAAGCGGUGCCGGGAAGUCGACACUUCUAGAAGUCCUCGCCGGUCGACUCACCCCUCAAACCGGCUCAUUCCUUGUCAACCAGAUACCCAUCGACAAAACCCAUUUCAAGAAAAUCUCCGGCUACGUCACCCAAAGAGACACCCUCUUCCCACUCCUCACCGUUGAAGAAACUCUUACGUUCAGUGCUAAGCUCCGGCUCAAGCUCGAACAGGCCGAUUUACACUCCCGGGUCAAGUCCCUGAUGGACGAGCUCGGCUUGACUCACGUUGCAUCAACCCGAAUCGGAGAUGAUUUGGUUCGCGGAAUCUCCGGCGGUGAGAGGCGGCGCGUGUCGAUCGGCGUUGAUGUAAUUCACGACCCCAACGUCUUGAUCCUCGACGAGCCAACCUCAGGUCUUGACAGCACCUCAGCAUUGCAAAUCAUAGACAUGUUGAAAACCAUGGCCGAGACACGCGGUCGGACCAUAAUCCUGAGCAUCCAUCAACCCGGGUUCAGAAUCGUGAAGCUAUUCAACUCCAUUAUCAUGAUGGCUGACGGCGCCGUUUUACAUCACGGCACCGUCGACCAACUGAGCCUCCAUUUACGGUCCAUGGAUCUUCAGUUACCUCUUCAGGUCAACAUCGUUGAGUUCGCUAUCGACGCCGUCGAAACACUCCAACUGCCACAACUGUCACAACAACCGUCACGAAUUCGAAGCGGUAAUUCUACCCUACAACAACUUUUCCAAGAAACCGUCGCUAAUGCUCGAAUCGAUCUUCCUUACAGGUUUGCUAAUUCGAGAUUGAAAGAAACGGUUAUACUCACACACAGGUUUUCCAAGAACGUGUAUCGAACAAAGGAGCUAUUCGCUUGUAGAACGAUCCAGAUGCUGAUCGUAGGGCUAGUAUUGGGUUCCAUCUUUUAUAAUCUCAAAGACGAUUUUUCAGGUGCUGAAGAGAGGGUAGGUUUGUUUGCAUUCGUACUGACCUUCCUGCUGUCGUGCUGCACAGAAGCUCUCCCCAUAUUUCUUCAAGAAAGGGAGAUUUUCAUGAAAGAAACCUCAUGCGGGAGUUAUAGGGUUUCAUCUUAUGUGAUUGCUAAUGGGCUCGUUUUUCUGCCAUUUCUGCUAAUCUUGGCCUUCUUGUUCUCUGCUCCUCUGUAUUGGCUUGUGGGUUUGAACCGGAGCUUCACUGCUUUCAUGUAUUUUCUGCUACUGAUAUGGUUGAUUCUGUACACGGCUAACUCGGUUGUGGUUUGUUGCACUGCUCUGGUGCCCAAUUUCAUAAUUGGGAAUUCUGUGAUUUCAGGGGUGAUGGGUUCGUUCUUUUUGUUUUCUGGAUAUUUCAUACCCAAGAGUGGAAUGCCUAAGUAUUGGGUUCUUAUGCAUUAUAUAUCUCUGUUUAAGUAUCCGUUUGAAGGGUUUUUGAUAAAUGAGUUUUCUGGCAAGGGGAAGUGUUUGGAAUACUUGCUUGGUGAGUGUGUAAUGAAUGCAGAGAAUGUGAUGAGGGAAGAAGGGCUUGGGGAAGAGAGUAGAUGGAGAAAUGUGGUGGUCAUGGUUUGCUUCAUCUUGGUUUACAGAUUCAUCUCUUAUGUCGUCCUUAGGUGUAGGUGCUCUUGCAGAAGUAUCAAUGGAGGCCUUGCUUGAAUCAAUCAUGUCACAUGGUACUGAUCUCUCUUUCUCUCUCUCUCUCAAAAGCAUGAAAAAUAGAAAAAGAAAGAAAUGUAAUACUAAAAUCUCAGUUUUACUGAUUGAUUCAUCAAUGUCUCUCU